UUUGCAGGAGUCUUCUCCACUGGUGCGCGCUUCGACAGACAGUUGGACGUGCGUCUUCUCCAAGUUGGGAGUGCGACAUCCUCUGCAACGUUAUUUACUUUUACUGAAUCGCAACAAAGUUCAAACGGUUCAUCAUGGGAAACCAAUUAAACAGGCGAGGAGCCCUAGGCAACAGUGCUGAAACUGAUGAAACUGAACAGGAGCCUGCACAACCAGCAGAAGACUCUGAGAUAACGUUGACUCAGGAGGUCAUUCAGGCAGAGAACCUAGAUGUGGUGAUGGGGGAGCCAGUAACACUAAUGGCAUGUUUACCCACUGAAGAAUGUGUCUCAGAGUGUCAAGUGAUAGAGGCUCCUGCUGCAUCAGACCCAUUAACUGAUGCUGAACCAGAGCCUGUGGCAAAGGAAACCCCAGCUCCAGUCCAACCCGAGCCUCUGGUCAGCAAACCAUCACCUCCAGAAUCCGAUCCAAAACCUGUUGCUGAAGCUCAGCUCGCUCCAGAGUCAGUUCCCGAACCAGAGCCAGUUCCUGAACCAGAGCCAGUUCAUGAACCAGAGCCAGUUCCUGAACCAGAACUAGUUCCCGAUCCAGAGCCAGUUCCCGAACCAGAGCUAGUUCCCGAACCAGAGCCAGUUCCCGAACCAGAGCUAGUUCCUGAACCAGAGGCAGAAGUUGAGACAGACCCUGAACCCAUCUCAGAGUCAGUACCAGCCCCAGCUGAGGCUCUGGAGGAGAAGACAGACCUGCUUAGCCAAGAGUCUCUCCCUGAGCCAGUGAUUUCUUCACCCCCUUUGAUCGACCUGGGUGUCCCUGAUGUAACUCCCCAACCUAUUGACAUUCCAGUUUCCAUCACCGCCCCAGUCAAUGCAGACGAGCCCUCAGACAUCCCGGUGACCAAGGAAUACCAAGAGAGUGCUGAGGUUGAAGAGAGUGAGGACACAUCAGAACCUCUGGAAAAGCUGACGGGGGUGCAGGCUGCAGGGAAUUUGGAGCAGCUUGUGAGCGACAUCAACGAGGAAAGUGUUUGUGGACUGCUGAAGAACUUAGAGCUGAAAGGAAAUGACCUGGCCGCUGAUAUCAUUCCCGCUGAUGUCGAGAUCCCUGAUGCCAUGAGCACUUCCACUGAGCUGAUGUGAAACCAUGGAAGAGGAUUCAUUAAAUAAGUGAAUGGAUAUUUUUCUGUGAAACCCUCUUUAGCCAUUAUAUGAAUUCUGAAAGAAUCACAGAUGCAAUGUUUUUACUACUCACUUUAGUGGCCUUAUACAGGCAAAAAGGUAUUUCUCUUUCUAAAUGAACCAAAUGUGCCAAAAUGUGUAUUGGUGGGGCUUUAACAGCACAGGGGUUAUUAUCAGUGUACUUUGGUGUAUUGCUGGACAAUAGAGAUCUUCCUCUAUGCAAGUGCACCAAGAAAGAAUUUAAAUGAAUUUCUUUGAGAGUAAAAUAAAGCCAUUGCUAUAUAUAACAACACCUGACAAAAAAAAAGGUUGAAGGCAAGAAUUGUCAUGUUGAUCGAGAACAAAGUGAAAAGCAAAACCUUUUUGAGGAGGAUAUGUGCAUCAAGUGAAUGCAAAACAAUAGGCAAGGGACAGCAGCAAUGCAACCAAAGAUGGAGACAGUAUAUGCAUACCGCUUUAUAGCAGAAUAGUGUCCAAUAAACAUUUAUGCCUUAACAUAA